AUUUAGAGAAACUUUUAUUCAAUCUUUAUAAUCAGGAAUAUUCAUGGGAAUAUGAUAGAUUAACAAAAAUACUACUGAUUAUAUUCAGAAUUCAAAAUCAUUAUUAUUAUUACUAACCAGUCAACUGGGAAAUUUUUUUAUUUUUUAAAUCACUGCAAAGAAAUUUCUACUACUUAUUCAUCGAUUCCUCCUGAGAACUUUAUGUGUAGAUAUAUACUCAAAGAAUUCAAUAAUUGUUUUUCAUGAUAAUAAUCACUCACUGGUAUAUGAAGAAUACCAGAAAUAAUUAAUAGAACUAGUAUAAUUAGUAUUAAAAUUAAUGGAACUAUUCAUUGUUAUAUCAUCAUAACACAAGUAAUGAAAUCCUAAGGUGUAGUGAAUUAGAUUUAUUCUUAUAAAGACUAAAUAAAAAUGGAAUAUAAUACACAAAAGUUUAGACAAAAAAUAUUGUAUUAAAGAAAAAGAAGGUCCUAUAGGAGCAGUUAUAUUACAGUUAAAGUACACCUUUGACUAUCAUUGAAAAACGUAAUUCAUUCAUGAUAAUUCUUGGAAGAUAAUAUAUAUAUUUCAAUAACAUUUUGGAUUUUAUUAUUUGUCAUAUUUAUGUAUUAUCAAGAUAUUCAAAAGUCAAUAAUCAUUCAUCUGUGUAGUAUAAUAUCAUCAAAUUCACAAUAAUAAUGAAAUAUGAAUCUUCAAUUAUCCUUAUUGAUUGAUCGUGAAAGUUUUGAUACAAUUAAUGAAAUCAAUAAUUCACUUGAUAAUUCAAUUAUAAAUAAUCAAUAUUUAUUUCAAUCAUCAUCUACUCAAUCCAAUUACUCACAUUAAACAAUCAAUAUAAAUCAUGAUUCUAUAUGAAUAAUUGAUUAUAAUCAAUAAAUUGAUGAAAUUAUUGAAAAUCAAUAAAUAUUGAUUUAUCUAAAAUGAAUUAUGAAAAAAAUUUCAAUCAAGAUAUUGACAAUAAUAAUAAUAAUAAUUUAGAAUUUCAACAAAUUCAUACAAAUAAAAAAAUUAGUCAAUUAAAAAAAUAUCAAAAAAAAUUUCAUAAUCAUUGUAAAUUAUGUUUAAAACAUAUAAAAUUACCUAUAUGGUUAUCUAAAUUAUUAUUAUGGAUUUAUACACAUUUAAGUAGUAUAUUUACAUAUGGAUUAUUUUUAUUAGCUAUAUAUGCAUGUAUUAUAUCAAUUAAACCAAGUAUUGCAUUACCACCACAAUGUCGAUUUAUUUCUAUCAUAAAAAGAAUAGAUCAAUUAACAAAUAAUUCUAUGAAUGAUAAUCAAUUCUCAGGGAAUCAAUUUGAAAAAGCACUUGAAUGUCGUCAUGGUGAAGCAUUAAGUAUACUUAUUUUCUAUGGUUUUGGUUUUAUGUUUGGUGAGAUAAUGGAGCUUUUACAUUUACCUGGACUAUUAGGUAUGUUACUUGGAGGAUUGUUCCUGAGAAAUAUUGGUGGACUUUUGAUUCCGGAACAGAUUUACCAUACAGGUCAAUUACCAAGUGGAAGUGUUCCUUAUGGAUACAAUUCUGAUUUAUUGAAUUCCACUUCUUACAAUGAGAAGGAAUAUCCUUUUAAUAUAACUGAUCCACGUACUCAGUUUGCUGCUCUUUUACUAGUAAAUCCAGUUUUAUCUGGAAUUUUAAGACAACUUGCUUUGACUACAAUUCUAACUCGGGCUGGUUUGGGUCUUGAUCCUCAAGCAUUGAAACAAGUAUGUGGUAGUGUAUUUCGUCUUGCAUUCAUACCAUGCCUUACAGAAGCGACAUCUUUGAUGCUAUUUAGCCGUUUUUUGAUUGGAUGGCCUUGGUCAUGGGGAGCUAUAUUAGGAUUCGUUUGUGCAGCUGUAUCACCAGCUGUGAUAGUGCCAAAUAUGAUGCGCCUGGAAGUUACAGGGUGGGGUGUAGCUGAAGGUAUACCUACCCUUGUUGUUGCUGCUUCCAGUUUAGAUGAUGUUGUUGCGAUUACUGGAUUUGGUGUUGCCCUCGGUGUAGCUUUAUCCACAGAAAAAAGUUUAGUGAAUACAUUAUUUUGGGGACCACUUGAAGCAAUCAUAGGUGCUUCGUUUGGGGCAGCAGUGGGAAUAUUAUUACUUUUCUUUCCACCACCAAAACUCGAGCAUUCCCAUUUCAUUCGAGGUAUACUUCUGGUGUGCUUUGCAAUAACUGGGUUAAUCGGUUCGGUCGCAAUACAUUUACCAGGUGGAGGUGCAUUGUCAUGUUUAACUUUAGCUUUUAUCGUGGCAUCUGGUUGGCGGAGCGGAUUUCCAUGGCGUUUAACGCAGUCAGCAAGUAUACCAACGGAAUCAUCAUCAAAUAAUGCACAAAACCAAAAUUAUGAAAAUUCAAAUUAUCAAGCGAAACCAAAAACAGAUAAACCUAAUCUGUCUUCGUCAAGAGAUUCUGUCCUUACUAAUGAAGACUCUCAAGAAAACCUUAAGAUAGCCCCCUCGAAGCUUGAAUCCAUUGAUGAAAAAUAUAGGCAUUCUGAUGAUGAUAUUGACUCAGAAAGUAUGAUGAAGCAUCAGAAAGAUCUAAACAAUCCAAACAUACUUGAAUCGUUGGUAGAAUUUCAUCCUUACUAUUGCUCAAUUUUGCGUCAGCAGUAUGGCCAGCAUUCAUCGGGUGAACAUAGUAACCGCAGCAGCCUCCGUAAUCGCCUCCCAUCUGAUGGUGACAGGAAACGAGGAGAUCUUCCUUCUUUAGCUGUUGCAGUAGCAGCUACUGGUAAUGAGAAAAAAGUAGAGGGAUCUUUAGCCAAACAACCUCAACAGAAUAGUUACCAGCAACAGACUCAGCAAACAUCGACAAUCGCUUUUCAAAAACCAAAAGCAUCUCGAAGAUUUAGUCUGCCUGAACCUACUGCUCACUACGAACUGGAAUCAUUUUCCGUGUCUCAGCAGUUUCGCCGAGGAAGGAGUCCAUCUAGUGCAAACGCUUUACGUCAUAUGAACAGGUCAAGGCGUAGAAUUCUUGCACCAUUUCCGGAUCAGUACUCACCAUUUUACAACAACCAACCGGUCGAAAAAGUUGAAGAAGUUGAAGAAAAUGAUGAAUGCUCAUCCAACGAAACAGAAAGACCAGAUGAUGAUCAUGAUGAGAACAAUUUUGACAGUCCUAAUAAUCAAGAGCAACCUUUCAGUGAUGUUGUUGUUCCAGCUACACCUGUUGAACGUGGAUUGGCUUGUUUGAAUUCAAUGAGAAGAACCAUGGCAGUCACAUGGUGGUUUGUUCAACCUAUUCUGUUUUCUUUAAUAGGAUCAGAAGUAGACAUACUACAUAUGCCUGGUGGUUCAACUGGACGUGGAAUCGGUGCAUUCUUACUUGCUCUAGUUGCUCGUUUAGCUGCAACAAUGGUAGCUGUUUUGCCAUCAAAGUUAAAUAUGCGUGAACGUUUGUUUAUAUCAUUUGCGUGGUUACCAAAAGCUACCGUACAAGCAGCUGUUGGACCAGUUGCACUGGAUACAGCUAGACAAUUGAAUUCAAAUGCAGAAAUAAUUGAUUGGGGGGAACAGGUGAGUGUUGAUUUGCUUCAAAGACUUCUGUUGUUGUAAAACAAUUUUCUUAUGUAAAUGAUACUAAUCAUGUUUUCAGUAGUGCUAAGUUGUAGAUUUAAUUCCAGGAGUUCAAAUGAGAAGUAUUGACUAAUGGAGUUUAAUUAUGUAGGGUAUGCGAAAAAUAUUGAUAGUUUUAAUGGCGUUAUAAAUGUAAAUCAGUAGAUAAUUGCUCAGUAGUUUAGAGGUUAGGUGCUAGCUGCUAGACCUGAAGGUCCUGAGUUUAAUCCAUUUUUAGGAUCGUGACUGUAUAAUACUGAAUAGUCCUAUACUAGGUCGAAACAACAGUUCGAUGUCUUUUGGCUUUCGAUGGUCGUCUAUGCUCAGUUUGUGAUGUAAAUUAUGGUACUCGUGUGUAAUAUGCUGCUUAUUUGACUGUUUCUUUCAUUGAAUAAAGAAGAGCAGAAUUGAAUGCCUAGUUAUUUCACUCCAUGUUUCGGUAAUGCAAUGAGAAGACGAAAUUUAUCAGAAUUAUGUGAUAUAUUUGGGCAAUACGUCUCGAACAAUCUGAUCACACAUAUACUUGUUAAAAACAUUUAUAUAUGAAAAUUAAAAGGUCAACUAGACAGGUUAAGGGUAAGUCAUAACAAAGGAAAAAUAAUAUUAGAGCACACAAAAACAAAUGUGACCACCACUCUGGAUAAUAAAUCAGUAUUACAAGGGUAGGUUAGUUGUAAGGACAAAUUUUUUGAACACAUAAAGGGGGUUUCAAUUUCCGUAUAUCCAAGGCUUCAAUAAACUUUAGUAUACGUCCUUGAAGGCUUUUGUAUAACAUUGCAAAUACUGAUUUGAUUUCAACCUUAUAACCAGUCUCAAUCAUAUGUUUCGCAGUGGAGGAUGAUGUCUGUUUAUCCUGUGAUCUUAUUCGACCAUUGGAAUCCAUUUGUUUCUGCAACCAUUUUGGUAUGUGUUCACCCACCCUUAAUUGCAAAUCACGAUUGCUCCAUCAUGUUACCAAAUCCUUAUAUUAACUCUUCAUGAUUUAGUGAAAUAAAAUCAAUGACUUUGUGUUAACUUAUAUUUAGUAAUCUUUAUAAUUACAAUAGUUGGACUCAUGAGUCAAUUAAAGCUAGACCACCAUAGAAAACCUGGAAACAUUGGACGAUCGUUUCGUAUGGGACUCCUCAGCAGUGCGCAUCCACGAUCCCGCCCCCCGCGAGAUUCGAACCCGGGACGAAACGGCCGUCCAGUUCUUCCAGGUUUUCCGUGGUGGUGUAGCUUCAUUUGGCUCAUGAUUUCAACUAUUGAAAUUACUAAAAUCUCCACAAAACCCCUUCUGGUUCUUUCUAAUUACAUUGAAAUUGCUUAACCGUACGAAGAAAUAAAAAAAAAUAUAUGUAUCUCUUGACACCUCAAGCCUCCAAAAUGAUCUUUCGGUCUUGAAAUAGUUCACUGAUUAUAAUAUAAACUAUUGAUAAUUGGAUUAACCUAAAAAUGAUCCAUUUUAGCAAAACGAUUUGAUAUAAUAAUUAGUUACAAAACAUUUUGAUGUUAGUUUGAAUUAUACUAUUUAAAAGCUUCAUUAGAACCAUAGUGUGAAUACAAAAAAAUCUACAUAGUGGAAAUAAAUAUUUUCUAAUAGUUUAUUUUUCGUAGUGGCUGAUAAAUAUUUAAUUACGUAAAGGUGGUACGAAUAAAUCAUUCUUUUAAACCGUGUAACUCUUAGAAAAGAGAGCAAUGUAUGUAUGCAAA